CAUUUAAAAUAAAAUAAACAGUAACAGCAACAAGACAGGGCGGCAAGUGUAAAGACAACAGACGUCAGCUGAUGUCCGGGUUAUGUAACCAGAAGCGUGUGAAGUUUAUUACACUGUAGCGCGGUAACGUUUUAUUCCUCUCAUCCCUAGCCGGGAAACUAUAAAGGAUAUAGGUUAACAAACGUGUCAUUUAUUGAUUUUGGGGGAAUGUUCGUCAGCAACUUCCGGUCAUUUGAGAGCCAGAAUGCAGGACGAGAAUGAAUUAGAGCCAAACUCUGGGAACUGGUCCUGGUGGCCAUCUUGGCGGCCGACAUCUAUGUCCUUGCUGAAGAGUGCAGAGGCGAAAAUUCUUGCCUGUAUUAAGAAUGAUUUGUGGUCUCGAUUUGUCACGCUGCCCAAUCAGAACAGAAUAUGGACACUGAUAGUGAGCAACAAGUCAGCACGCAAAUCUUCAAACCAAGGUACAGCUCUCACAGAGCAUGAUUUAGAUGCUUCUCAGGUCCCCCUCGUGAUGGUUCACGGCUUUGCAGGGGGCGUCGGCCUCUGGGUCCGGAACCUGGACGCUCUAAGCCGCUCGCGUUCCGUUUAUGCCUUUGACCUGCUUGGUUUCGGGCGCAGCUCUCGUCCUGCCUUCCCCAACGAUGCCACGUUAGCCGAGGAGCAGUUCGUCGACUCCAUAGAACAGUGGAGGCAGAGCCUGGGGUUAGAGCGCAUGAUCCUAUUGGGGCACAGCCUAGGAGGUUACCUAGCAACGUCAUAUUCUAUCCAGUAUCCUGAGAGAGUCAGUCACCUCAUUCUCGUGGAUCCAUGGGGCUUCCCGGAGAAACCACAGCCUCAUCAAGAAGGCUCAUCGGGUCAGAGUUCGGAGGUCAAGAGACCGGGACCGCCUCGUUGGGUGAAAGCGGUCGUGUCUGUCUUGAGUUAUUUCAACCCUUUGGCCAUCAUCAGAUUUGCCGGACCGUGGGGUCCAGGGCUGGUGAACAGAGUCCGGCCUGAUUUCAGGAGGAAGUUCGAAGAUCUUUUUGAUGAUAACACUAUUACCGAGUACCUCUAUCACUGUAACGCACAAACACCCAGUGGUGAGGUGGGAUUCAGAGCCAUGUGCGAGUCUCUUGGCUGGGCAAAGCAGCCAAUGAUACACCGAGUGAACCUGCUGCCAUCCUCCAUGCCCGUCACCAUGGUGUACGGUGCUCUCUCCUGGGUGGACAGUUCCACCGGCAACCUCGUCGCCCAGAUCAGAGGCCAGAGUCAUACACGGGUGGUGUUGAUUGAUGACGCCUCUCAUCACGUGUAUUCAGACCAGCCUGAUGAGUUCAACCAAGUAGUGGAGAACAUCUGCAACACUGCUGUCUGAAUGUUGCUACAACGGACUCUGUGUGUGUGUGUGUGUGUGUGUCUUUCCAGAUUAGAUUUCAUAAACUUUAAUUAGCUACAUGUUUGGGAGGUCUUGAAUUUUAUUACCUACUAGCUUUUCACAUAAUUUCUUUUUAAUGGACCACACAGCAUUUCGAGAUUUCAACAGACUUAAUCUCCUGUCUGUUAAAGGUAAUGGUUCCAUUAGAUGGUAAAUGAAUGGUUUGCAAACCCAUAGUCAGAUUUAUAAAUCACAGAGCAGGUACUAAUUUGAUUUUAUUGAAUCUUAUUUAAUCUGUAAUCUAUUUAAGCUUUUUAUGUUAGGAUUAUAAAACGCUGCCAAUAUCGUAACCAUUACGCACAAGAAUACAGCGGCAUUAAGGAAAUGUUGCCUCGCAUGCACUUUUUCUUUUGAAUUGUUAUUAACACAUUUAUACUUUCUGCUUUUUUAAAAAAAAUCUGUGUUGUGCAUUUCCGGUUCCAGAAAUUUCUCUCUCCCUGGAUUAUCCUGAUUGUGCCAUGUUUAUAUUCUUCUCAGCUGUGGCAUUAGAAGACUACUAGAUGCAAUUUUUAUAAACCAUUGAUACUUACUUUAUUUUAGUCUGUUAUAACGAUAAUUGUCAUAUUGUAAUGUAUUUUAAACAUGGAAAUGGGAAAAUAACAAAUUGUAUAUUUUACCUUAUUCGUUCGUGUUGCUUUCAAUUGUAGUACCUUUAUUAUCCACAAGAUGGCGGCAAAAGCACCUCGUCUGAAUAUUUUAUCUUAAAGAAAGUAAGUGUUUUGUCGCUUUUUUUUUUUAUCUCGGAUUAUUUUGCUCUUUUUUUUUUAAAUCAGCAUGCUUUAUUUCGUCAGAUUUUAUUUCUUGUAGCAGAUGAAUAGCUUUUCAGAAUUCUUAGGCACUUUAUAGCAAGAAAACUCUGUCAUGUGACCUGCACGUGCGUCUAGAUUUUUCUGCUUAUUUCUAUGUUUAGAUUUAUAUUUAUAUGAUAUUUAUCACGUGAAGAGCCACGUGACACCUCUCCAUCGUCGAUUUUUAUCACAUAACAAGAAGUCUGUCUAAAGUAGUUUAUUUCAUCUUGUGCCACAGUGAGUUGUCAGUGGUCAGAUUCCAGCCAAGACAUAAAGCACCGCUAAAUAUAGUAAGAGAACAGAGAAACAAAAAAGUGCACCAACAAACCCCCCUCUGUCCUGAGGAUUUUUCUUUGUCAGAGAACAUAUCUGACACUGGAGAGUCCUUCCAUAAUCGUUAAAUAGACAUCUCCUUACGACAAAAGUUCACCAUCAUCAACUAUUACGCGUUCUUCUUUAACACUUUUUUAUUAUAAGGCUGAGCGAAACCCUCUUAAACUAUUAUAGAAAAUGAUACAAGACCCUCUGACCAAUCAGACUCAAGAAUUCAAACACAACGUAGUAUAACUCAAUUUAUUAAUAAUAAAAUACAACAUUUGAUUGAACAAAUAGUGCAUACUGAUAAAUAAUGUAAUUAAUUGGAGUUAUCUUUAAUGAUAUAAUGAAGGGUUUUUAGUCGUCUUAAUGAAUACAGGUCACAUUAAUACUGGUUUUCUGUCAUUUUUCUCGUAAACACUUUAAUACAGCGCUGGGAAGCACUCAGAGAUAUAAAUCUCUUUUCUCUCACUUGCUCUCUAUAUAUAUAUUAGUCACAAUAUCCAUGUGUUAACAGCCAUUAAAUAGUUUCUAAGCAUGCAUUUAAAAUAUAUAUAUAUAUA